UAUGCAUUAACGCAAGGUUUCUCUGUUCUUUCUCCCUACUCUCCUUCUCCUUGCUUCUUCUUCCUCCUCUUUGUCGUCUUCUUCUUCUUCUUCUUCUUCUUCUUCUUCCUCCUCCUCUUCAAUUUCACGCAAUACUGUUAUUUUUCCUUACCGUUCUUUACUGCCCACCUCGCUUCUGCCUCUAACUCUGGUUGAGUUUCUAAACAAGCUAGUACUCAUGAAGAGGAUAGUUUUUCUGCUUUUGUUUGUAACAGUAACAAGCUCUGUUGAGAACAGUAGAAAUUUCAGGACUAAAGAAGAAAAUGAUCUGGGAUAUUGCAAAGGCACCAAACCUUUGGAACCCAGGCCUCACAGUGUGUCCAUUUUAGAAUUUGGGGCAGUUGCUGAUGGAAAAACUUUGAACACAAUUGCCUUCCAAAAUGCCAUUUUCUACCUCAAGUCCUUUGCUGAUAAAGGAGGUGCUCAGCUCUAUGUCCCAGCCGGCAGGUGGCUUACCGGAAGUUUUAACCUUACCAGUCACCUUACCCUCUUUCUUGAAAGAGGUGCCACAAUUCUUGCAUCUCAGGAUUUGGCUCACUGGGGAGUAGCUGAUGCUCUCCCAUCUUACGGCAAAGGAAUUGAAGGGCAUGCUGGGAGAUACCGUAGCUUAAUUAAUGGAGAAAAUUUGACUAAUGUGGUUAUAACAGGUGAUAAUGGGACUGUUGAUGGCCAGGGAUCUGUUUGGUGGGAGAUGUUCAAUUCUCAUGCCUUGAACUACAGCCGGCCACAUCUUGUGGAAUUCAUUAGUUCCAAAGAUGUCAUUGUUUCGAAUUUAACCUUCCUGAAUCCUCCAGCUUGGGGGAUUCACCCUGUAUAUUGCAGUAACGUGCAAGUUCAGAACAUAACAGCUAAUGCUUAUUCUGAAUCUCCUUAUACUAGUGGUGUAGUCCCAGAUUCUUCAGAGAAUAUCUGCAUUGAGAAUAGCAACAUUAGUAUGGGACAUGAUGCAAUAGCAUUGAAGAGCGGUUGGGAUGAGUAUGGAAUUGCCUACGGCAAACCUACCACGAACAUUCACAUCCGGGUAGUUCACCUUCAGUCCUCUUCGGGCUCUGGCCUAGCAAUUGGCAGUGAGAUGUCCGGAGGCAUCUCAAACGUACUCGCAGAGCACCUUUACGUGUACAACUCCCUUUCUGGUAUCAAACUAAAGACAACAGCAGGCAGAGGAGGUUACAUAAAAGACAUCCUUAUAUCAGAUACAGAAAUUGAUAAUGUUCAGCUGGCAAUUGGUGCUGUAGGUGACUGUGGCCGCCACCCGGAUGACAAAUAUGAUUCUACUGCAAUACCAGCUGUUAAAAACAUCGGAUUUAAGAACGUGGUUGGCAGAAAUGUAGGUUUUGCUGGGAAUUUCACAGGAAUUUAUCAAUGGCCUUUCACAUCAAUUUGUCUGUCAAAUGUUACCUUCUCCAUUACUUCAAAAUCUUAUGCCUCAUGGUUCUGUUCUUAUGUUAUUGGUUCCUCUGAGAGGGUAUCCCCUGAACCAUGCUUUAAUAUGCAGAGUUCAUUUGUAAUGCUUCCUUUUGUUUCUCUAUCUUGCAUCCCAGUAGUGGUGGUACUGCAAUUUUGUGAGAUCAGAUUUCAAAAUUGACAUUCAUUUCUUCCACUGCAUGUAUAUAAAGAGACUACGAGCACCCUUCAUUAUACUUCUGACUCGGAAAGAAUAGUUUUCAAUAA